UCAGCUGACAUCAGCUCAGUUGCCACAGUAAACCCAGGAACGUUCGUUCUUCAUCGUUUUCUGUUUCAAUGUGUAUUUUAUCAUUUUAAAACCUUGUAUAGCUAGCUAAAAAGAAAUACGACUUUAUUAAGAAUUAGUCGGUUGGUGUUGUUUGAAGGUGCGGGGCCAUGGACAAGAUUUGGAAAGAUGUUGGUGACGCCAUAGGCUUGUGUCUCUGUCUAGAUGUUGGUGACAUACAAUCCAGAAUUGUAGACCACAGGCCGAUCACACAAGGAGAGAUACGCUACUUUGUGAGGGAAUUUGAGGAGAAGCGUGGACACAGAGAGGUGCGUCUGCUGGAGAAACUGAACAAGCUGGUGGUUGAGACCAACCAGGUGACGUUACCACACUGCACCCAGACCAUGCACGAGCAGCUCUGCGAGGCCCUCACACGACUGGAGGCUGCUAAUCACAUGACCCUGAGGAUCCAGCAGAGGGAGCUAGAGGCACAGCAGAGCCCCUACAUGCAGGCCAGCCUGGAGAGGAGGAGGGAGGACUGGGAGGAGUUCCUGAAGGAGCAGCAGAGCCAGAAGGAGGAAGUGGAUGAGGAGCACACCAAGGCAGUAGGGCGCCUCAGCUGCCAGUACAGUGAGAUGAAGAAGGACCUGGCCAAGUUCUCCCACUUCUGAGAACCUCUUCUUCAUCCAGAGGACAAACUGAG